GAUGAAGUGAAAGAAAUGGAAAAGAAAACAGGUUUUGUAUCUGCGCGUCCCCAAAUGGAACUGGAGUUGCAUACCACACACACUCCAAGUUUCCUUGGGUUUCACCAGAAUGUUGGCUUGUGGAAUGCUUCAAAUUCUGGUAAAGGUAUUAUUAUUGGUUUACUAGACACUGGAAUAAAUCCACUACAUCCUUCAUUUAAUGAUAAGGGCAUGCUGCCUCCCCCUGCCAAAUGGAAAGGAAAAUGUGAGUUCAAUUAGGCUUGUAAUAACAAGCUUAUUGGCGCUAGAAAUUUUGCCCAAUCGGCUACUUCACCUUUGGACAGAGAUGGACACGGUACACAUACUUCAAGCACAGCCGCUGGAAAUUUUGUGGAAGGUGCCAAUUUUCUUGGUAAUGCUAACGGCACUGCUGUUGGCAUUGCACCCCGUGCUCAUGUGGCCAUGUACAGAGUUUGUAUUUCAAAUUGUAAAGAUGCUGAUAUCUUAGCUGGUUUCGAUGCUGCCAUUGAAGAUGGUGUGGAUGUGAUCUCAAUUUCCUUUGGAGCACUAGCUGCUGGACCUUUAGAUAGUGAUGUUAUAGCUAUUGGCUCUUACGGUGCGAUUGCCAAGGGGAUAUUUGUAAGUUCCUCAGCAGGAAAUCAAGAACCAAAUAAUUGUACUGUAAUAAAUGCAGCCCCGUGGAUGCUCACUGUUGCUGCUAGCACAACAGAUAGAAAGAUAAGCGCAGAAGCCAUUUUGGGUAACGGAGCAGUAUAUGAGGGCGAAUCAGCCUUUCAACCAACAAACUUUUCACAAAAUUUACUGCCACUCGUAAAUGGUGAUAACUGUAGAUAUCUGUCUACAAUGGAUGUCGAUGUCAAGGGUAAAAUAGUGUUGUGCAAUACCGGAUCUAUCGUUACCACUAUAGUUGAACUAGGAGAACGGGUGAGAGAUGCCGGUGGUGCCGCGAUGAUUGUCAUGAACAUAAAACCAGAAGGCUAUACAACAUUUGCAGAUGUUCACGUUCUUCCUGCAACACAUGUUACUUAUGGUGAUGGACAAAAAAUCUUAAAAUAUAUGAACUCAACUUCAGCCCCCGUUGCAACAAUAUCAUUCAAGGGAACGAGAAUUGGAGACAAGCACGCGCCAACAAUUGCUUCUUUCUCUGCUAGGGGACCAUAUAUCACAAGUUCAGGCAUACUAAAGCCUGACAUUAGUGGCCCUGGAGUGAAUAUUCUUGCAGCAUGGAAACCAGCCUCUGCAGGUGAGACAACAGCUGCUACAUCGACAUUCAAUAUCAUUUCUGGCACAUCGAUGGCUUGCCCUCACCUAGCAGGAGUAGCAGCCUUGUUAAAGAAUGAACAUACCCAUUGGUCUCCAGCUGCAAUUAAGUCUGCAAUCAUUACCACUGCUGACUUUAUCAACCUUGGGAACAAUCCAAUUCAGGAUGAAACGCUUAAUCCUGCUUCUCCAUUUUCAAUGGGAUCAGGGAACGUGAACCCAUCAAGGGCAAAUGAUCCAGGACUCAUUUAUGAUAUUCAGCCUGAAGAUUAUGUGUCCUACUUAUGUGGCUUGAAAUACACGGAUCAACAAGUUAGUUACAUUGUGAAGAGGAAGGUACAUUGUACGUCUAGCACACCUGAAUCACACUUGAAUUAUCCUUCAUUUUCCAUUCCUGUGGAAUCAGCUGCCCAAACUUUUACAAGAACUGUGACUAAUGUUGGGGAAGCUAAUUCAACAUACGCAGUUAAAGUGUUUGGCCUCGACGGUGUUGAGGUGACUGUUAAUCCAACCACCUUGAAGUUCUCAGCGUUGAAUCAGAAGGUGUCAUAA